CCGCGCCGUCUGAGCCGCUCGUCCUGUAGCCGCGGUGGCUAUGCUGAGCCGGGUGAGUGGAGUCUCCGGGAGUCUCGCGGAGGGAAUCCGAGAGGAUGUGGGGUCAGCAACAUGGAAAGGGAAGGUGGGAAGCCUGCGGCUGUUGUCGCGGUUGUGACUGAGCCUCGGUUUACCCAGCGAUACAGGGAAUAUCUCGAGAAGCAGAAACUCCUGGACAGACGGCACCGUGUAGAGAAGAUGCCGGAUGGCACGGUGGCGCUGCCGGUGCUGGGAGAGACUCUCCCUGAGCAGCACCUGCACGAGCUGAGGGAUCGUGUGGCUCCCGGCAGCACCUGUACAGUAACGCAGCUCCUAGAUCCUGUCCCCUCAAAGAAGGCCCAGGGUUGCUCACCUGCCCAAAGGCUGUGUCUUGAAGUGAGUCGCUGGGUAGAGGGCCGGGGAGUGAUGUGGUCAGCUGAGUUGGAGGCUGAUUUGCCCCGAUCUUGGCAACGACAUGGCGACCUCUUGUUGCUGAGCGAGGACUGUUUCCAAGCCAAGCAAUGGAAACAUCUGGAACCAGAACUCUGGGAGACUGUUGCGUCGGCACUUGGCGUCCGUCGUGUGGCCAAACGAGGGCGGGUAUCCCCAGAUGGCGCUCGAACGCCAGCAGUGACUCUGCUGCUGGGCGACCAUGGCUGGGUAGAGCAUGUGGAUAAUGGGAUCCGGUAUAAGUUUGACGUGACCCGGUGCAUGUUCUCCUUCGGAAACAUCACUGAGAAGCUUCGAGUGGCAUCGCUGCCCUGUGCUGGAGAAGUGCUGGUGGAUCUCUAUGCAGGGAUUGGUUAUUUUACAUUGCCCUUCCUCGUCCAUGCUGGCGCUGCCUUCGUCCAUGCCUGCGAGUGGAACCCCCACGCUGUAGCUGCGCUGAGAAAGAACCUUGAUAUCAAUGGAGUGGCAGAUCGGUGCAAAAUACACUUUGGGGAUAACAGAAAACUGAAGCUCUCAAACAUUGCAGACCGCGUGAACCUGGGGCUGAUUCCCAGUUCUGAAGAAGGCUGGCCCAUUGCCUGCCAAGUGCUGCGGCACGAUGCUGGGGGCAUUUUGCAUAUCCACCAAAAUGUGGAAUCUUACCCAGGCAAGAACCACCAGCCUCCUGGAAGCAGUGAAAUGGAGAAGGAACAUUGGCCUUAUCCUCAGCAAAUGAUCACCAGCCAUUGUACAAAUGGAGCAACCAGGGAUUCUAGGGGGAAAAGGCAAUCAGCAGCCACCAAACCAGAAUGGCAGAGGUGGGCGGAGUCUGCAGAAACUCGUCUUGCCACCCUUCUUCAGCAGGUGCACGGGACACCAUGGAAGACACAAAUCCUGCACAUCCAGCCAGUGAAAUCCUAUGCUCCCCACGUGGAUCACAUAGUGUUGGAUUUGGAAUGCCGCCCCUGUCCUCUAGUUGGCUAGAGAAGGUGGAUCCUGAGACACAAGGAUCUACAUGGCUCAAGCUCCCUUUUCAUAUUUUUUCUCUGGUGGACAUCAGGGCCAACAUAAGGAGCUAUAUGCAACGUAAGAUCUUCUGCAGAGUUUUUCACGCCUCACCUUAUUUUAUGGCUGUCUGCCAGCACCACUGUUUACCACUGGAACGACUAAUUGCAGAGAACCACUGUUUACCUUUGGGAUGACUAAUUUUGAGAAGCACUUCAGAGCUUUGUUUUGGUGCACUUUGAAACCAUCUGGGCUUGUUUUCUUGAUGAAGGAAACAUAGGAAAGUGGCUUUAUCGGGAUUACAAUUGUAUGUCACAUUUGGCUGGCUGGGGUUGGGCUGGAGCUGCUUGCCCUUUGCUUUUAAUAGCGUCAGGAACGACAGGAUCGGUGAGCCUGUUGUGUAUAUGAACUGCAGAUGCAUUAGAUGCAGCCCAGUCUCUGAGGAGUUCACAACCUAGCAGCAGAAAUAGCACAAAAACUGAAAGACUUGGAAUACAUUAAGUACCAUGUGAGUAAUAGCAUGACAUAGAAGUGCGGAGGUGGAGAAGGAAAGUUCUGAGAAUGGGGAAGUCUUCAGAGAGGUCGUGUCGGAACUCGCUCUUUAAAACUGGGUAAUAUCUUGGGACGUGGAGUCAGGGUGGUGCUAGUGGAAGGAGAAAAAAAAAAUGCAGGUGCAAAAAGCUUGCUCAGAAAAUGUUUGGACAUCGUCAUUAGAUCAAUUUGGAAGAGAAGAAACAGUGAGAGAUAUGUUGAAGGCGGAGGCUGUUAUAAGGAUUAAAAAGAAUAGUGUCUAGUACAUAGUACGCCCCCAGGAAAUGUUAGCUAUCCUGUGAUCCCACCACAGAAGGGGGCCUGAUUGUUCCAUUCCCACCCCACAGAGCAGCCUGCCUGUUUGCCUUAAUCAUCUCCUCUUCUACAUACGGGGUUUCUUCUCACAUGUGUGCCUGCAACUUUUGAGCCUCAGACUAGAAAUGCGAUGCUGGGACUUGAGCCAAAUAUGGGGAGGAAGGAAGGCAGGGGAGAAGCAAGGAGGAAGGUGAGUCAGGGAGCCGCAUGUCCAGGGGCUGAGGAGUCACCUGUCUGCCGCAAGCUAUGGAUAGGCUGCUGCAGUCAGACACAUUGGAAUGAAUGCGUUCACCCUACCAUAGACACAUCAGACCUUGAGGGUUCAGGGAUGCCAGAAGGUUGACAUGGGUUCUGUGUUCAUGGAAUUGAGGUUCAACUCAUACACCUCCUGCCUUCUCUCCCUUGUCCAUGACCUUAGGCAGCCUCUCAAGAUUCAGUUUCUCCAUCUGUACAUACGGGUGAACAACUUACAUCUCCUGAAGGAUAUUCGUUAGCUUUCAAUGAGUUAACAUACAGACUAUCACCACCAUGACUGGCACAUAGGGAAUACUUCAUGCAUUCAAGAGGCUGCCUAGAGGGUAAACUACCAUUUCCCAGAUUGGGUGUGAGGAACUACUGUGCAUUUGCUUUAGUAGUUGAAGUAGAAUGUCCUUAUUUUGAAAAGCUACUCAUUGAUUAAUUGGCAUGUACUGUGUCCUUUCUCUGUUAGGCAUUGUGAUGAGGGCCAGAGACAGUGGUGAGUAAAGCCGAGUCCUGAGGGGUGCCUGGCUGGCUCAGUAGAUAGGCUACACAAAUCUUGAUCUUAGGGUUAUAAGUUCAAGUCCCAUGUUGGGUGUGAGGGGACUUAAAAAUAAAAAUCUUAAAAAACAAAACAAAACACCAAGCUGAGUCCUGCCCACAGUAGGAUCACUUCUGAUGACGUGGACACAAUGGUACUAAGUGCUGAGACAAACGGGUUUUUACAGGCAACACCCAGGGGAGGCAGCCGUCCAUGCCUGGGGAAAUGGGUUGGGGGCAGUGAAGAGUGUGCCUGGGAAGAUGGGGGCAGGGAUGCUUCAACUGAGAGUUAAAGAAUGGGCCAGACUUCCGUGUGGAUGGAAGAAAACAAGGGUCCCUUAAGCCUUGUCUCCACCUUGAGUGUGUCCAUUUGCAUGACAGUUUUCUCCGAGCACUUGCUGGAUCGGCCGGCUGGGGAAGAGGUGGCUAAUGGAACCAAGGAAAAAAGACUGAAAGGAUCAGGAAGCUCAUGGAGUGUUUGUCACCUCAGUCCAGGAAUGCGUCCAGGCGCUGAAGGCUUCCGUUGUGAGCAUCAGGAUUAGUUGCCGCGUAACGCACUCACUUGAUGGAGAGGCUGUGAUUAAAAGCCAGUAAUGAUUAUGCUGAGUGAAAGAAGUCAAGCAGAGAGAGUCAAUUAUCAUAUGGUUUCACUUAUUUGUGGAGCAUAACA